UGGGCGAGAAGAAACAGAAAACCCACGAAGAAGUGAACAACAGGGUACGAGAAACUCACAAAGUAGUGAACGACAGGGAAGAGGAAACCCACGAAAAAGUGAACAAGAAACAGAAAAUCUACGAAGAAGUGAACGACAAGGAACAGGAAACCCACGAAGAAGUGAACGAAAGGGAACAGGAAACCCACGAAGAAGAGAACGAGAAGGAACAGGAUAGCCAAACUUCGAGUCGCAGUUCCAGGAGCAACAGUCCAGAAGAGGACGCGGUCCCCGCACAGCAGGCUUCAGUACCGUCACCCAGACCAUCAGGCGGGAUGUCUGUGGUUGGCAUUGACCUCGGCUUUCUCAACUGCUACAUCGCUGUAGCGAGGAGUGGCGGCAUCGAAACCAUCGCCAAUGAGUACAGCGACAGGUGUACCCCGGCCUGUAUAUCUUUGGGAUCGAGAACGCGAGCCAUUGGAAAUGCAGCUAAGAGCCAGAUAGUCACAAAUGUAAGAAAUACGAUUCAUGGUUUCAAAAAGCUUCAUGGGCGAUCAUUUGAUGAUCCUAUUGUGCAAACUGAAAGGAUCAGGCUUCCCUAUGAGCUUCAGAAGAUGCCUAAUGGAAGUGCAGGAGUUAAGGUGCGAUACCUAGAAGAAGAGAGACCUUUUGCAAUUGAGCAAGUUACUGGAAUGCUGUUGGCCAAGCUUAAGGAAACUUCAGAAAAUGCUUUGAAGAAACCAGUGGCUGACUGUGUGAUUUCAAUUCCUAGCUUUUUCACUGAUGCUGAGAGAAGAUCUGUGAUGGCUGCAGCCCAGGUUGCAGGUUUAAAUUGUUUAAGGUUGAUGAAUGAAACCACUGCAGUUGCACUAGCAUAUGGAAUUUACAAACAAGAUCUUCCCCCGUUAGAUGAGAAACCAAGAAAUGUAGUAUUUAUUGAUAUGGGCCAUUCUGCCUACCAGGUCUCAGUUUGUGCUUUUAACAAAGGAAAACUUAAAGUCUUGGCUACUACAUUUGAUCCAUAUUUGGGUGGCAGGAACUUUGAUGAGGCUUUGGUAGACUACUUCUGUGAUGAGUUCAGGACCAAAUAUAAGAUAAAUGUGAAAGAAAACUCUCGGGCCUUGUUGCGUUUAUAUCAGGAAUGUGAAAAACUAAAGAAGCUAAUGAGUGCAAAUGCAUCAGAUCUUCCACUGAACAUUGAAUGUUUCAUGAAUGACCUUGAUGUUUCUAGUAAAAUGAACAGGGCUCAAUUUGAACAAUUAUGUGCUUCCCUCUUCGCCAGGGUUGAACCACCAUUAAAAGCAGUAAUGGAACAAGCUAACUUACAACGUGAAGAUGUAAGUAGCAUAGAAAUUGUAGGGGGAGCAACACGAAUUCCUGCAGUGAAGGAACAAAUCACUAAAUUCUUUCUUAAAGACAUAAGUACCACAUUAAAUGCUGAUGAAGCUGUUGCAAGAGGAUGUGCAUUACAGUGUGCGAUUCUCUCACCAGCAUUUAAAGUGCGUGAAUUUUCCAUAACAGACGUUGUUCCCUAUUCAAUCACACUAAGAUGGAAGACCUCUUUUGAAGAUGGAAAUGGGGAAUGUGAAGUAUUCUGUAAGAAUCAUCCUGCCCCAUUCUCAAAAGUCAUUACUUUCCAUAAGAAGGAACCAUUUGAACUAGAUGCAUUUUAUACUAACUUACAUGAAGUGCCUUAUCCUGAUCCAAGAAUUGGGAGCUUCACUAUUCAGAAUGUUUUCCCACAGUCUGAUGGUGACAGUUCCAAAGUGAAGGUUAAAGUUCGUAUUAACAUCCAUGGAAUCUUCAGUGUGGCUAGUGCAUCAGUAAUUGAGAAGCAGAACAUAGAAGGGGAUCCCAGUGAUGUUCCUAUGGAGACAGAAACUUCUCUUAAGAAUGAAAGCAAAGAUGAUGUGGAUAAAAUGCAGGUUGACCAAGAAGAAGGAGGUCAUCAAAAAUGUCAUGCUGAACACACUCCAGAAGAAGAAAUUGAUCAUACAGGAACCAAAACAAAGCCUACUCCCUCAGAUAAACAAGAGCGAUUAAACCAGACCAGUAAAAAAGGAAAAGUCAAGAGUAUUGAUCUACCUAUCCAGAGUAGCCUGUGUAGACAACUGGGCCAAGAUCUUCUCAACAGCUACAUUGAAAAUGAGGGGAAGAUGAUAAUGCAGGAUAAGUUAGAGAAAGAAAGAAAUGAUGCAAAGAAUGCUGUUGAAGAAUAUGUAUAUGAUUUUAGAGACAAGCUUGGCACUGUCUAUGAAAAAUUCAUCACUCAAGAAGACUUGAAUAAACUGUCUGCAAUAUUGGAAGACACAGAAAAUUGGCUUUAUGAAGAAGGAGAGGACCAACCUAAACAAAUUUAUGUGGAUAAGCUUCAAGAACUAAAGAAAUAUGGGCAGCCUAUUCAAAUGAGGUACAUGGAACAUGAAGAGAGACCAAAAGCUUUAAACGACUUGGGAAAAAAAAUCCAACUUGUCAUGAAAGUGAUAGAAGCUUACAGAAACAAGGAUGAAAGAUACGAUCAUUUGGAUCCUGGUGAAAUGGAAAAAGUAGAAAAAUAUAUCAGUGAAGCCAUGAGUUGGCUGAAUAGUAAGAUGAAUGCACAGAACAAACUAAGUCUCACUCAAGAUCCUGUGGUGAAAGUUUCAGAAAUAGUUGCAAAGUCUAAGGAACUGGAUAAUUUCUGUAACCCAAUCAUUUACAAGCCUAAACCGAAAGUAGAGGUUGCUGAAGACAAAGCAAAAGCUAAUAGUGAACACAAUGGACCAAUGGAUGGACAGAGUGGGACUGAAACUAAACCAGAUACAACAAAAGACAACUCACAGCAUACUAAAUCUUCUGGAGAGAUGGAAGUAGACUAAGUCUUAAUUUUACCAUCACAUAAUUCAAACAGUGCAAGUAACCACAGGGGCCAUCCUUCUUUUACAUCUGGUACACACAACAGAUGUUUAGUUGUUCUUAACCACUUUUUGUCAUUUGUUUUUUGGAGUAGUUCUGAAAAGUGUUCUAUAUUGAGUGCACCUCUGUUCAUUUCCAUUGCUGCUUAUGUGAAGCUUUAGCUGAAUAUAGACUUACAAGUCAGUUUAAGCUAUCGUAAUGUAUUUUAUACCAAACAUGCAAGAUUGAGAAGUAGUUGGCAACAAUCUACCUUAUUUAAAGCUUCUACUUGGAUAAACCUCAGCUCCUUUAUUCAGGAAAGGAUAUUGUAUUGCACUGUUGUUGCAGAAGCAUAGAUUUAAUUGCAUCAUUAUUUUGAAAAACAAAUAUUGAAAUUGAUGUGGUUUAAAGCCACUGAGGCACUGACCUUUUUCUAGUUACUGUACUGUUAUAAUUUAAAUAUUAAAAUAAGAGGUUCCCUGACAAAUUAGUCCAUCUCAUUGUUGUGCCAUGAGAACUCCAAAACUUUGUCAUAUAAACUACAUCACACAUUGAAAGGGAAAAUACACUAUUUUAUGUUAGAGUGGCACCAGCAGUUUGCUUUUAUUUUUUUUACUAGUCAUGUGGAUUGAUGUUUCUCAAAGAAAUCUGGUGUCUUUUGCACUUGAAACUUCUCAUCUACUUGUCCUGAAGACCACCUGCUGCUAAAGUAUUGCUAGCCUAAAGAUGAUGAACCAUUUUUGAUGAAAAUACUUUACCUUAAGGGGGAGAUGCUGUUGACCUACUCAGACAUGCAUCUGUGAUGUUGAUAGCCUUGUUUCAGUUUUAAUAGUUCUUUUGGUUUUCUUAACGGAUUUCAUUAAUAUGUUAACGCAGGGUAGGGAGAAAUGGCACAAUGUGUAUUGCAUUAUAUACAUUUAUCACUGAUUUGCUUAAUGUCAGAAUAUAAACACUAUUAAAUAAGUGAUAAUACUUGAAAAGAGGCACUUCUUAUACAGUUAAGUCUUAGGAAAUAAUGCUUGUAAUAAACCUAACUAUGUUACAUAUCAACAGACAAAAUAUAGAAUGUUACAUAGUCUGAUAUGAUAUGAUUAAAUUGUAGUUCCUGCUGUUACAUUACUUGUUCAGACCUUGGCUCCAGUUUUGGUGCUUCAUAUACAAAUUAUAUGGGACAAGGGACUGUAAAAUUAAGAUAUUUUAAAGACUUAAUCUGUGCUUCAUCACCAGAUUUGUUGACAUUGUUCAGUUCUAUCCAGAAGCUUGAAACUAAAAGUAUGGGAGCAGGCAGAAAUAACUUUUCAACCUACAAGAAAAAGAAGCAUAGACAAUGCAUGGGCACUUGCAUUCUUAAACGCCACUCAACCAACCAGAUUGACCUAGGUUAAAAUUUUGAAAGGCUCCCUCUUUCCCAAAGCCACAUCUUUAUAUUUAGACGAUUAUAUUAAUACUGACUUUUCUUAAGUAGUAAAAAUUGAGAGUUUAGUAUCUUUAGGGGUAGUCUUUAUUUCUCACUAGUUCUGUGAGAGAGAUUUUGUUUCUACAAUGUAGUCUGCACUGAAAGGAAAGUAUGGAGCAGUGCAUUUUGCAGGAUUUUUAUCCAUCCUUUUUGAGGGAAGAGAUGUCCCUUUUCUGCAUUAAAAAAAUACAUAGACCCAAUAUAUUUUUAAUGUCUUCCAGCCUUUAACUAUCCUUUUGUAAUACUCUUAAAAUGAAAUAAUUAUAUCCAUUUUUAAAGCAUGUAUUGGUUACGUUUCAUUUGUAUGUUGAAUAUAUAGGUUCACUUCAGUAAGAGCAUCAAAGUUACGAAAGGGAGUAUAUAACAGUCAGUACACAUAGGAGUUUAUAGCUUUUCUUGAGUUAAAAUCUCAACCCACUUUGUUAGGAGCCAUACCUCCAAAACUAAUUGGGCAUAAACGUGGCAACAACUCUUUUUGCAUCUGAAUUGUCUAGUAAAUCCUGACAUUUUCAGUUCCUUAAGCCAGUUUAUGCAGUUCUGUGUUUUGGUCAAAAAUGUAACAUUCCAGUUCCUACAGUUAUAUAACACUUCAUUUAAUAAGUUAGUUAGAUACAUCCAAAGAUAAUGUGUAUACUUUUCCUGCCCAUUUAUUUAACUUAAAUUUUCAAAAGCUCUUAACAUACUUAUUGAAUAUAUUAAUAAAAAAGAAAAUGUUCUCCUUAAUACAGUCUUAGGUAGAAGGUAGGGUUCAGCUUAUUUUUAAUCUGCAUGAAAUACGCAGUGCUAAACAAAAAAAUCAAAGGUUUUUUUUUCAAAAUAAAAAGCUGUAAUUUUAGAAGUUAAGAAAUACACAGAAAAACAGGAUGUUUUCCCGUAGUAAACAAAUAAGAACUAGGCAAUACCUAGGAUGAUUAAUAAAUAUAGAGUAAUACACUUCGACUCUAUGGAAAAGUAUAAAUUACUUGGUUUCAGGAAUCAAUGCCUGAUAGCCAAUUAUACUGUGACUUUAAAAACAAAGAUUGCUAAAUAAUAUAACAAAAGAAAGUUUUUGAUGUUUUAAUUCCUUAGCAAUGUACAGAAUUCUUAAGUUUUAAAACAAUUAGAAAAGGUACACCAGAGAAUUGGGCUACUGGAAUAACCAUCUCAAUUUCAAAAAGGUAAUUAAAUUAGACUUAUUAAGAAGAAAUAGAUUUCUCAAGACUCUUUGGGAGUCAACUUUUAGUAUGUCCAUGAUUAUAUUUCUUAGCUAGAAAUCUGUUUAAAGUGAAUCUGGGGGAUUAAUUAUCAGUAUAAAAUGAUAAUUUUAAAACAUUUUAUCCAAAUUAGCAAAAAUUAUCCAUAUUGACAGACAGCAACCAUUUGAAUACAGUGCUCAAUUGACCCAAAAUAAAUAUAACCAUCCCUCCAUUUUCAUAAAUUUGAAUUGUAAUAGUAAGCCUACAAACAGUCCCAUUAGGAAUUUGUUUCGUUCUUAAGAGCUGGUAUUUGGUAGUCCACAAAAAUUAAAGCCUUGGCAUUAAUUCUGCAUAUCAUGGGUUUAGAAGAAACAGAAAAGUAUAACUUCAUCUUUCUUACCUUUUAGAAUUUUACAACAAAAAACUUCAAUUCUUACCCAAUUUGUUUGGGUAAGCAAAAAAAAAAAAAAAAAAAAAAAAACAUCAACAACAAAAAAAAAACACCUUCAAUCCUAAAGUAAAUGUUAUUUUGUGGUUAGACUUUGGACCUUUGAGUUUUAAGUGGAAUUUGGUUCUGUGAUAUUUAAUUCCGUAAAACUUAAUGAGAAACACAUCUUACUGCAUUGAUAUAUCAGUAUUUAAAAUCUGAUGGCAUUGACUAAAGUUAGCCACUGUUGACUUUUCAGAUGACCUAGGGGUAGGGAUGCUUAUAAUGUCUGAUACUAAUGUUGUAUUAUCCUCUUACACAGUGUUUUAUAACCAUCAGUAAUUAUCUUUCUUUUUGUCAAGGUUUAGUUUAGUCCACAGUAUCAUUUUAAAGUAAUUCCCAGGAAGCACAUUAUUUUUUUCUUUUGAUAAAAAGUACUAAAAUUGAAUGCAGAUCAAGACCAAGUCUUUAACUAAAACAAGUAAACAAAAUGAAAACUUUAGUUAUUUUACUUUCACAUCUCAAUUUUCAAUGAAUCAAAAAUAAUAUCCUUCCAUAUACUCAUGUUUCCUAACCAAACAGCUCUGUGUUUAUAAUAUAGCCAGAUAUCUUUCUUAAGUUUUUUUUUUUCCUUGCUAAAUCCAAGGGUAAUUGUUUCAUACAAUAACCUGGCAUCUGGACUCUUUAGACUGUUAACAAACUGCUUAGGAGAAAAGAAAAAAACUUACGUGUCUGUGGCGGUGG